AUGUCAUACGAAAUCGAUCGUGAAUACAUCUUCAGGAUCGUUCAUCUUGGCGACUCGCAGGAAUUUCUGGAGAUUUUAGACCGCGAUCACACGCUUAAUAUCAAUAUUCAAAAUGAAGCAGGCGAAUCGCUGUUGAUUCAUUGCGUAAAGCGCUUGAAAACAAAAUGGAAAGCUGUAUUCGGAGGUGAAUUUCGCACAAUAUGCAAAAUAUUAAUCAAACGAAAUAUAGACGUGAACUUGCAAGACGCGUCGGGUAAAACGGCCGCAAAUUAUGCAGCAGAGUUGGAGCAGUUGGACGUUUUGAAAUUGUUAAUUCUGAAAGGCGCACGUCUUGGUCGCGCUGUGCUGGACAGCGUGAUUGAUAAAGAAGACUGGAUACUAUCCAUUUGUGCAUCUUUUGCGAAGGACUCCGAACUUGAAAGUGGAGGGAACAGUGGCCAAGUAAGUCAGAUGUGGUGGGGGGAGGGGGGGGGGGGGUUGGUGGUUAUAAUUCCAUGAAGACACCAAUCCCCCGUGAAUACUGGUAACACGGUUCUUCCAUGGUUGUAUAGUUCCACAGUACUAUGUACUAUUUAAUUAAAACACGAGCAGGAGUACUUUAUCAGAUAUAAAAACACGAGGCGACAGCCGAGCGUCUCAUAUCUGAUAAAGAACGGACUGAGAGUGUUUUAAAUGGCUGAAGAACGGUCCAUCUUAUGAGUUCAUCGGCGAAGUAAUUUUAAAAAUCAACGUUGUCUAAGCCGAGAAAAUCAAAGCUAAAUGAUUUUGUAUCACAUAUAAAACCAUUUUUGAUUUGUCACAAUUCAUUUACAUACAAACUCAAGAUUGGUUACUGACACUAGUACAGAACAUGCACAAAUACAACAUUGGUGCGACUGGAGAGAGGAACAGGACUUGCGUCCAAAUUGACACCUUUGUCUUUUCAAUAAUUCAUGGGAAUUAUUGAGUUUUUAAAUACCAAUAGUACUAUGGUACUGUGGUACUCAGUGUACUCUGGUACACGCGAUAUUAGUGUUCUACGGUACCGGUGUACUACAGUACUAUGGUACUACGACACUAUGGUAAUAUGGUAACUACGACACUAUGGUAAUAUGGUACUACGGUACUGGUGUACUACAGUACUAUCAUGGUACUACGACACUAUGGUAGUAGAGGUUCAGAUUUGACUUCCAUUACCGCUAUCACAACCUCUCACUGGCUAAGUUUGCAUCUGAUUGGUUAAUCGAAAAUAUCAAAAGCAUCUGAUUGGUGAAUUAAUAGUCCCUUAAUGAUAGUCGUAGUCAAACCUAUCUAAUAUGGUACUCCGGUACUAGUGUACUCCGGUACUGGUGUACGUACUCCGGUACUUUGUACGUACUCCGGUACUAAGUCUAUGAUGGUACUAGUGAACUGGGGUACUACGGUCUACGGUACCAUGCUGGGUCAAUGGUUAGUGCAUAUACUUUUCACCUCGACGAAUGCUUAAGAAGUUAAUUAAGAUUGACGCUUUCCCUGUAAACCGCAAAACACGGAUGUCUUAUUACUCUUAUAUAAACUCACUUCGGUUUUAACGGCUUAUUGACCGAGCGUGAGGUCUGUACUGUGAAAUAUCAGACCGAGGUUCUUUAGUAUGGACCGAGCGACGAAGGAGCGAGGUCCAUGCAAAAAAACAGAGGUCUGAUAUUUCACAGUACAGACCGAACAAGCGAGGUCAAUAAUCGGUUUAUUAUAUGGCUGCAGAGUUUUCAAGCUAGCUAUACUUGGAAAAUGGGAUUAUACCAUUCAGUGCAGUGAAGAGCAUUGGCGUAUGUCACGAAUCUCAAGAUCGUGUUCUAGUAAAACGUGAAACCCCCCAGCGAUCUUAAAAGUCUCUAAUGUCUUCUGACCAACUACCCUUACUCUAACACUAUGAAGAAGAGCUUAGAACUGAUAAAGUUAUCCAGUACAAAUAAAUAAAGUGUAGUUUUGCUGUAGUUUAUCAGGGCGCUGUAACACUCAGCCUCAGGGUGUUUUAAUAUAACGCCCUGAGUUUAUAUUGUGUCUGAACGACCUGGAAUAUAAUAAAAAGGGCUUGUGUGUAUACACCUUAUUCAUAAUUCGCAAUCAGGUCUCGUAUCCUAGGAAACGGGAACUUGAAAGUCAGUUACUUCGUUUCCUAGGAUACGGGAUCCUAAUUGCGAAGUUGCAUGACAGUCGAUGAGAGUGGACUGGAUAAUACUGCGCGCAUAGUGAGAACUGUCAUCAACUCUCAUCACAAUUUCAAAAAUUCCUACAAAGCUUCUACACGAUAAAAAACGUUCGACAAAACUUCGGACUUUCGCCCCCUCUCAAUAUAUCUAUAUAAUGCUCCCUAACUAAAACUUUUAUAUUAGAAAACAUUUACAUAGGUUACAGACUUGCCAACCUAUCCCAAGCCAAGAAAUCUACAAUUUUCUUCCCCAAAACAUAAUGAAACAACAUACAUUGCAUUUUCCUCAUCGAACAGUAGUUUGAAAGUCCACGUGCGCACAUAAUUUCAGUGUUACCACGUGCGCACAUGAUUUCAGUGUUAUACACGUAAAAACGCACAAGUUGUUACAGGUCUGCAAACAAGUUGUUACAAAUCUGUUCACAAGCUGUCAACUUGUUAUUUUCGCACUGCUUGUUCCCAGUUGUUGUAACAAGUUUGGAACAAGCUGUUAACAACUUGUAACAAGCUUGAUGGCACUAUCAGACUUGUUGCAAGUUGUUCUAACAAGUCUGAUACAGUCAUGGUAUAACAAGUAAGUUACACAAGGUUGACGACACAAGGUUGUAACAAUAUUGUUAUAUCAUGACUGCAUCGGACUUGUUGCAACAACCUUGCAACAAGUCUGAUAAUAUCAACAAGGUUGUUACAAAUUGUUAACAGCUUGUGACAAGCAGUGCGAACACAACUUGUUGACAAACUUGUUACAAGAUGUGAGAUUUUUGCGUGUGUACCACGUGCGCACAUAAUUUCAGCGUUACCACGUGCGCACAUGAUUUCAGUGUUACCUCUCAGUUUUGAACCUUUCUCAUAUCGUUUGAAAUUCAAUGUCUUCAAAAAUAGCCGAUAUAGAUUUUCGUGACGGCUAUUCCGCUACAGGCCACUGCCUUUGUGGGAAAAUCACAUCAUUCUAAGUGAAAGAUCUCUAAAUGUGACGAUGUCAGAUUUUUAGAACAAGAAAUUUUUUUAUGAGAUUGUGGUCAAAAUGUGCUCGACUCACACUCUCACGGCAGAACCUUGCCAAGUCUGAGCUUCCAUUCAUUUGCAGGUUACUCGAGGAGAAAAGGUCAAGUUGAAGCUCUUCCAUCGUCUUCUAGCAUCAAAAUAUCUUUCAACCAUUCGAUGGAUGUGCGAGUUAUUUCCAGAAAUGAUCGAGAAGAAGAACGAAGAUUCCUUAACAGCACUACAUAUUGUAGUAAUGGAAAAUAACGUAGACGCUUUGAAGAUUCUCCUGGAAUUUCAGACAAAUGUGGAAGCGGUGGAUAGCAAGGGACACACCGCACUUCACUUUGCUGUUGGUAAGUUGGGUUUAUUGGCAUCGCCCACUAUUAAUACAGCUAAUUCAAAAAAGGUUAUCCUUUGCAAACCUUAAACUCUAAACCUUAAACUCAAAACGUGCAUAGCAUAAUGGCAGCAUCAUUUAAUCAGUUUAGAAAUCAUAUAUGGGCCCAUUUCUUAGAAACAUGGUAAAUAUCUCCUUACGUGAACAAUUCAUUCACUCAGCUAGCCAUGGUCAAACUAGGAAACAUUGUUGCGGAAACAUUUGUGAUUCUCGAUGUUUCCUCAAAUGUUUCCAUGUUUGCCCACCCGUGGAAACAUUGUUGCGGAAACAAAAUUUGCUUCCCGGGAAGCAAAAAUGUUUCCUACAAACUUCAGAAACAUUUGAUGUUUCCCUAUGUUUCUCACUAAUGUUUCCUAGUGUUUGCCCACUCUGGGAAAUAUGGCGAAACAUUGGUAGGAAACAAUGUUUCCGCAACAAUGUUUCCUAGUUUGCCCAGGGCUUAUGUUUCUCACUAAUGUUUCCUAGUGUUUGCCCACUCUGGGAAACAUUGGCAGGAAACAAUGUUUCUACAACGUUUCCUAGUUUGCCCAGGGCUUUGGUUAGAAGUGACACUGGAAUCGCAGGGCUUCUGCCAGAGGGCCAAAGUUGCAUUUUUCGCAGUUGCUAAAAUUGUUUAUAAUCUUCCACUUCAAAUUUCCAUGUAGAAAAACCCUUCAACUUUUAGUUGUAGGGUAAAACGCACACGUAAAAACGCACAAGUUGCUACAGGUCUACAAACAAGUUGUCACAAGUCUGUUCACAAGCUGUCGACAAGUUGUGUUCGCACUGCUUGUUCCCAGUUCUUGUAACAAGUUUGUUAACAACUUGUUACAAGCUUGAUGGCAUUAUCAGGCUUGUUACAAGGUUGUUCUAACAAGUCUGAUACAGUCAUGAUAUAACAAGCAUGCUACAAGGUUGAUGACAGAAGGUUGUAACAGUAUUGUUAUAAUAGUUUUGUUUGUGGAAACACCACGUAAAUUUAUUACUGCAAAGCUUUCGAUCCGUAAGCCCGGAUCUUCAUCAGUGCUAAUAAUAUGAAAUAAACAUAUUAUUAGCACUGAUGAAGAUCCGGGCUUACGGAUCGAAAGCUUUGCAGUAAUAAAUUUACGUGGUGUUUCCACAAACAAAACUAUUAUAUUUUAUCGCCAUGCAAACAUACAAAGAACGCCUGACAUUUCAGGCUACUGGCUACGCGGUCAGGUCGGUUCGAGUACACACGUAAAAUUAUCUCACAUCUUGUAACAAGUCUGCCAACAAGCCGUCAACAAGAUGUAUUCGCACUGCUUGUCACAAGUUGUCAACAGGUUUGGAACAACUUGUUGACAACUUGUAACAACCUUGUCGAAAUUAUCAGACUUGUUGCAAGGUUGUUCUGACAAGCCCGUUACAUACUUGAUAUAACAAGAUUGUUACAACCUUCUGUUGACAACCUUGUAACAUCCUUGUUAUAUCAUAGCUGUAACAAACUUGUUAGCACAGUCUUGUAACAAGUCUGAUAAUGCCAUCAAGCUUGUUACAAGUUGUUAACAGCUUGCUCCAAACUUGUUACAACAAAAUGGGAACAAGCAGUGCGAACACAACUUGUUGACAGCUUGUGAACAGACUUGUAACAACUUGUUUGUAGACUUGUAACAACUUGUGCGUUUUCACGUGUGUAUGUGAUAUUUCGGAACAGAAUCUAGUUCCUUCGAUGUCAAUUUUUUCUAGCAUUUUUCAAGCUAGCCCGGUGUGGAUAUACACUCAGAGUAUAAACAUCACAAGCAUCAUAUUCACCUGAGUACAUUACACCAACACAGAAAAAAUCAAUAUCAACAAAGUUGUUACAAGUUGUCAACAGUUUGUUCCAAACUUGUUAACAACUUGGGACAAACAGUGCGAAGACAACUUGUAAUCUUGGCAGACUUGCUACAAGAUGUGAGAAUUUUGCGUGUGUAUUAGCUUUACACUAUAAAAGUUCAAUGUGAUCACAGUAGGAAUUUUGCAUAGGUAUAUUCUAAGUUUUUAAAAAUUCCAAGAAAUGUUUGAUGGAACGGACUCUGUCUAAUACUGAGUCAACAACAACAACAACAACAACAACAACAACAACAACAACAACAAAUUUUAUUUACCUACAUAUAAACAGUUACCGAAAAUUUUAACAAGUUUGAUAUUUAAAAGUGUAGAGGUACUGGCUUCCUAAAAUAACUAAAAAGCUAAAAACGUCGAGUCAGUUCCUUUUAAGCUACGGAUACAUGGGCAAUACUUUUCUGGCGAUGGCAAUGCAAUGGUGGUAAAAUCGUUGCAUUGCCGUCGCGAGAAAGAAAUUGCUUGUGUAUCAUGCUCUGCGACGGCAACGCAAAGCUGCGCGCAAUCGUUGCCGAAAUUUCAAAUCAUUUGAUUUUCGGCAAUGAUUGCCGAAAAUUGGGAGGUGUGGUCAAGGAAGGUCAAGGUUGAUGAAUGACACGUUUCUUGACCAGCCAAUGAAAAGCGUUAUGAAGACAUAUAUUGCAGGUGAAAUAUUGCAGGUGUAGCCACCUUGUGUGACGGCAACGCAAUGCUGUUAUCACCCAUUGCGUAACCAUCGCAGCAGAAAUAUUGCUCGUGUAUCCGAAGCUUUACCAAUCCUUCAAAUUUACCCAUGCAAAAUAGCCAAAAUUCCUGCGAUCACAGAAACUUUGAUAGUGAAAACCAAGCCUUAAUACCAUAAGGCAACCUCGUCCAUAAAUGCGCUCAUUUAUACAAGAGACGGAUCAACCGUGAAGACUCUGGAUCCUUAUGACGAAACUAGUUAA